AUGAGAAUUCUCAAGGCUCAGCUUGACGCGUGCAUCGAGCUGCAUCGAGCUGUGAGGGUAAUCAACCUCCUACCAGUCUUGAUCGACCUUUCCAUCUCAGCCGUCCAAUGUAAAGCUAAGAACGGAACUCCGCUCUCAACUGCUUCAACGUCAACUGUCCCUCGACGUUUGCAAUCCGCCCGAACAGUAUACAGUGAUCAGAUGGCAAUCAGCGACUGGUCUGGGCAUUCGGCUAUUGUUGAAGACGGCAAGAAGCGGGAGCUGGCGCCUCCAGAUAUUGCGGCAGUCGAUCGAUCCGACAACAGGCCUUCCGGUACAUACGUAGCGAUUCCCAUUUCGACGGAGCCCAUGGCAUCCCGGAGCAAACGAUCGUGGCUUCGACGAUAUUGGAUUUUUGUGCUCGCGAUGGCCAUCCUCAUCGUUGGUGGCAUCAUUGCUGGUGCCGUUGGGGGGAUCACUGCUUCUCAUCAGGCAGAACAGAGGGGUUCCACCUGA